UUGCGGCAAUCUGGACAACGGUUUCAUUUGUUCAAGUGAAUCAGCUAUCUGAACUGGAAAAAGCCAUGGAUAGAACCAUCGAAGUCUUCUACAAAUACUCUGGGGAAGAGGCAGAUAAGACCAAACUGCCCAAGGAUAAACUCUCAAAACUCCUGGAGAAAAAGCUUAAAAAUUUCCUGAAGUAUCGGAAAGAUUCUGAGGCCGUGGCUCACACCAUGAGAGACUUGGACGUGAACUGUGAUGAGCAAGUAGAUUUCAAGGAGCUCAUGCGCUUGGUGACGGCCAUCACCAUCACCUACAAUGACUUCUUUGAUGAUUAUCGGAAGAAUCAGGGGAAGCAGGAAAAGUGAACACAUAAUCUUGGACUGAAUAUAGAGUUUGGCACAUUGUCUACAGAUGUGCAAAGAGUCCUGAGCAAAAAACACACACGCUCUGGACAUUGAUAAUCGUCAAUAAAGGUCUACGUGUGUGCAA